GUAAAAUUACAGACGUUAUGCACUUUAUGUAAAGUGACUUUAACGCAUCAUUUUGCGUAGGUAUGUAUCCAAAAACAACGAUGUAAUGUACAUAUUCAUAUAUGCUUAUUCCUUUCUUUCCCAUGCAAAAUACCUAAACUCCUUCAUCGUCUCAUCUCCAUUCUCCUUCAAGGCUCCACCAUUCUUAUAAUAUUGACAUACAUAAAACCAUAAAACUCUAUAAACACUACUCUAUUUGCAUGCAUUAAAUCACUUCAAAUAAACUCUACUUAUCCAAAAAAAAAUAUCAAAAUUGAUCCAACUCCUCAAUCCAAAAAAAAAUGUACUCUACUCCGGACCGUUUACCGAUCCAAAGGAACAAUAGGGAGAACCAACCCCAACCCUUGAAGCGCCACCACACCGCUCGCUACUACGUCCACCGAGUCCAUGAGAGCCUCUCUACACGGGUCUCCAAAAUGAUCUGCGCCAUUUUCUUGAGUCUUCUUCUUAUAGUUGGUAUCAUCUCUUUCAUACUGUGGCUUAGCCUACGCCCCCACCGCCCAAGAUUUCACAUUCACGAAUUUUCGGUUCCGGGUUUGGGCCAAGAUACCGGGUUCGAAAAUGCCCGAAUAACCUUCAACGCAUCUGCCCGUAACUCCAAUCACAACAUAGGGAUACGUUAUGAUUCGAUGGACGGGUCGGUUUACUACCGAGAUCAGAAGAUCGGGUCGACUCCACUUAUAAUGGAACCGUUUUACCAAGAGCCUAAGAGCACUAGGCUCAUAAACGCUGCGUUUAGUGGGGCCACGUUGACCGUCAACAGCCAGCGAUGGAGGGAAUUCAUGAACGAUCGUGCCAAAGGAACGGUUGUGUUUCGUCUAGAAUUGACGUCCACGAUUAGAUUUAGAGUGUCGUCGUGGGAGAGUAAGCGCCAUCGGAUGUAUGCCAACUGUGAUGUGGAUGUGGGCCCCGAUGGCCUUAUCUUGAAAAUUUCCAAGGAUAGGAGAUGCCCCGUCUAUUUCGCUUGAUCAUUUUCCACCUUUUUCUUUCUCUCUUUUGUAUUUAUAAAUUGGGUUUCAAUUAAUUUGUUUCAUUUGCUCUCUAAUAUGCAUUCACUUUGUAAUUUUUUUAAAUAGCUAUAUAUUAUUAUAUAUAAUUUCUAACUUCGAUCA